ACCGGCGCCGGCUGGGACCUGAGGCACGCAACGCGGAGGAAGCUAACCGCCAAGUCUCGUGUGCGUUCUGCAACGCGGGAACUACGCGAACCUUCCCCGCUCCUCCCCUCCCGCAGCGUCCUGAGCGCAUGCGCUUCGCGCCUUCCCUCGCCGGCGCACCCCCAGCUGCCCUGGUUACCGUUGGUGUUUGCUAAUUCUCUGCGGUGCCUUCUUCGCCCAACUCCAGCGAUUCCAGACGCGCGCGGCCGCGUCACGUGGGCCGAGGUUCCCUCGCGGCUGCUGGCCGGCGGCUCAGCCGGGAGGAAAGAUCUGCGGCCGCCGCUCGCCCUACCUCUGCGCCCCGGGGUGGGCGCACGGGUAAAAAUGGCGAAAUGGGGGUAGUCGGCGCCGGACCUGAAGCGAUGGGGCGCGAAGGUGGGGCGGUUGUCGGAACCCCCUGACGUGGGCGCCUUGCUUUUCUCGGUGAUUUGAUCUGGCGACCUCGGGCCGGCGCCUAAGAGGUCAAACUACGGAGUCCGCGGGUCGCCGACGGCCCCGCAGAGAGCCGGAGGCAAUGGAUGAACAGAGCGUGGAGAGCAUUGCUGAGGUUUUCCGAUGUUUCAUUUGUAUGGAGAAAUUGCGGGAUGCACGCCUGUGUCCUCAUUGCUCCAAGCUGUGUUGUUUCAGCUGUAUUAGGCGCUGGCUGACAGAGCAGAGAGCUCAAUGUCCUCAUUGCCGUGCUCCACUCCAGCUACGAGAACUAGUAAAUUGUCGUUGGGCAGAAGAAGUAACACAACAGCUUGAUACUCUUCAACUCUGCAGUCUCACCAAACAUGAAGAAAAUGAAAAGGACAAAUGUGAAAAUCACCAUGAAAAACUUAGUGUGUUUUGCUGGACUUGUAAGAAGUGUAUCUGCCAUCAGUGUGCACUUUGGGGAGGAAUGCAUGGCGGACAUACCUUUAAACCUUUGGCAGAAAUUUAUGAACAGCACGUCACUAAAGUGAAUGAAGAGGUAGCCAAACUUCGUCGGCGUCUCAUGGAACUGAUCAGCUUAGUUCAGGAAGUGGAAAGGAACGUAGAAGCUGUAAGAAAUGCAAAAGAUGAGCGUGUUCGGGAAAUUAGGAAUGCAGUGGAGAUGAUGAUUGCACGGUUAGACACACAGCUGAAGAAUAAGCUUAUAACACUGAUGGGUCAGAAGACAUCUCUAACUCAAGAAACAGAACUUUUGGAAUCCUUACUUCAGGAGGUGGAGCACCAGUUGCGGUCUUGUAGUAAGAGUGAGUUGAUAUCUAAGAGCUCAGAGAUCCUUAUGAUGUUUCAGCAAGUUCAUCGGAAGCCCAUGGCAUCUUUUGUUACCAAUCCUGUUCCACCAGACUUUACCAGUGAAUUAGUGCCAUCUUAUGAUUCAGCUACUUUUGUUUUAGAGAAUUUCAGCACUUUGCGUCAGAGAGCAGAUCCUGUUUACAGUCCACCUCUUCAAGUUUCAGGACUUUGCUGGAGGUUAAAAGUUUACCCAGAUGGAAAUGGAGUUGUGCGAGGUUACUACUUAUCUGUGUUUCUGGAACUCUCAGCUGGCUUGCCUGAAACUUCUAAAUACGAAUAUCGUGUAGAGAUGGUUCACCAGUCUUGUAAUGAUCCUACAAAAAAUAUCAUUCGAGAAUUUGCAUCUGACUUUGAAGUUGGAGAAUGCUGGGGCUAUAAUAGAUUUUUCCGUUUGGACUUACUUGCAAAUGAAGGAUACUUGAAUCCACAAAAUGAUACAGUGAUUUUAAGGUUUCAGGUACGUUCACCAACUUUCUUUCAAAAAUGCCGGGACCAGCAUUGGUACAUUACUCAGUUGGAAGCUGCACAGACUAGUUAUAUCCAACAAAUAAACAACCUUAAAGAGAAACUUACUAUUGAGCUGUCUCGAACUCAGAAAUCAAGAGAUUUGUCACCACCAGAUAACCAUCUCAGCCCCCAAAAUGAUGAUGCUCCUGAGACACGAGCUAAGAAGUCUGCGUGCUCUGACAUGCUUCUCGAGGGUGGUCCUACAGCUUCUAUAAGACAGGCCAAAGAGGAUGAAGAAGAUGAGGAGAAGAUUCAAAAUGAAGAUUAUCAUCAUGAGCUUUCAGAUGGAGAUCUGGAUCUGGAUCUUGUUUGUGAGGAUGAAGUAAAUCAGCUUGAUGGCAGCAGUUCCUCUGCUAGUUCCACAGCAACAAGUAAUACAGAAGAAAAUGAUAUUGAUGAAGAAACUAUGUCUGGAGAAAAUGAUGUGGAAUAUAACAACAUGGAGUUAGAAGAGGGGGAACUCAUGGAAGAUGCAGCUGCUGCAGGACCUCCAGAUAGUAGCCAUGGCUAUGUGGGUGCCAGUAGUAGAAUGUCAAGAAGAACACAUUUAUGCUCUGCUGCUACCAGUAGUUUACUAGACAUUGAUCCAUUAAUUUUAAUACAUUUGUUGGACCUUAAGGACCGGAGCAAUAUAGAAAAUUUGUGGGGCUUACAGCCUCGCCCACCUGCUUCACUUUUGCAGCCCACAGCAUCAUAUUCUCGUAAAGAUAAAGACCAAAGGAAGCAGCAGGCAAUGUGGAGAGUGCCCUCUGAUUUAAAGAUGCUAAAAAGACUCAAAACUCAAAUGGCCGAAGUUCGAUAUAUGAAAACUGAUGUAAAGAAUACACUUUCAGAAAUAAAAAGCAGCAGUGCUACUACUUCUGGAGACAUGCAGACAAGCCUUUUUUCUGCUGACCAGGCAGCUCUGGCUGCAUGUGGAACUGAAAACUCUGGCAGAUUACAGGAUUUGGGAAUGGAACUCCUGACAAAGUCAUCAGUUGCCAAUUGUUACAUACGAAACUCCACAAAUAAGAAGAGUAAUUCGCCCAAGCCAGCUCGGUCCAGUGUAGCAGGUAGUCUAUCACUUCGAAGAGCAGUAGACCCUGGGGAAAGUAGUCGUUCAAAGGGAGACUGUCAGCCACUGCCUGAAGGCUCCCCAGGAAGCUCUCAGUCUGGGAGCAGGCACAGUUCUCCCCAAGCCUUGAUACAUGGCAGUGUCAGUGAUAUUCUGCCAAAAACUGAAGAUCGGCAGUGUAAAGCUUUGGAUUCAGAUGCUGUUGUGGUUGCAGUUUUCAGUGGUUUACCUGCUGUUGAGAAAAGGAGGAAAAUGGUCACCUUGGGGGCUAAUGCUAAAGGAGGUCAUCUGGAAGGACUGCAGAUGACUGAUUUGGAAAAUAAUUCUGAAACUGGAGAGUUACAGCCUGUACUACCUGAGGGAGCUUCAGCUGCCCCUGAAGAAGGAAUGAGUAGCGACAGUGACAUUGAAUGUGACACUGAGAAUGAGGAGCAGGAAGAGCACACCAGUGUGGGCGGGUUUCACGACUCUUUCUUGGUCAUGACACAACCCCCGGAUGAAGAUACACAUUCCAGUUUUCCUGAUGGUGAACAAAUAGGCCCUGAAGAUCUCGGCUUCAAUACAGAUGAAAACAGUGGAAACUAAUUGCCAAAUCAAGAGAACUGACUUGCAAGCUACAUUGACCCAGAAUUUUGCUAUAGUUGGUGCUCAAUUUUGUCAUCAGUCAGAUAAUCAGAUUUGGUCUUACUUUUUCAUUACCUGAAAGAGUAAUUUGGAAACUGUCGAAAGGUUGCACAAUUUAGAAUAACAUCACAGUAGUAGAUGGGAAAAAACAAUAUGGGAAGAGUUCUUUGUAAUGUAAGGAAAUGACAGUGUAGUUCUCUAUUAAUGUAGCAAAUGUGUGCAUUCACAAAAGGCAGUUUUAACUGCCAGAAAAUGUACCCCCAGGUCAUGCAUGCCCUCAGUAACCUGCUCAGCAUUGGUGCUCUACUGUCUUUGGCUAGAACUUAGUUGUGUCUAAAUGAUCACCUUUAUAUUUGGGGUUUUAAUUACACUUUAGUUACAGUUCCAUUAGUGCCUAUAGAUUAGUGACCAGAACAAUUGCUUAUGAACAGAUUCUGCCCUGUAGACACUUUAUGUGAAUAACUGAAGUAACCCUAGACUGAGUCUCCUCUUUGGGUAGGUAUCUUCUCUCAUUAUUUCAAGUACAGGCACACUGUUGAUUGGCAUGUAAUCUUCCUUUUGUGUCACUUCUGCAAGUGUAAUUUUAAAUAAGUUAACAUGGACUUGUUCUGUUCCUGGUCCUGUAAACACAUCUAAGAUUAUUUAAAAUUAUUUCAUUUUUUUCUGCCUCUUACCAUACAACUGUAGUGCAACAAAUAUUUUAAAGCCCCUUUUUUCUUCAUUUUCAUUAGUUGGACAUUGAUUUCAGUGUCAACACAUUUAAAGAUUCAUUUAUGUUGCACAGUGGCUUAUAUGAAAGUGAAACUGAUAUAAGAUUUUCUUUCAUACUUACAAUUAGCCCAAAACAGUUUCCACACUUUGCCAUUGUGCUCUUGCAUUUGUGUUUGAGCUGCUGUGUAUUGUGAAAAUUACAUUGAAAGUUGACUAAGAGACUAUUAACAACGCAUGAUAAUUAUACAUGUGAGAGACAUCUGCUGUAUUUUACUUAGUGAAUAUUAUUCACUUGUCCGUGUCUGAUGUCUUGCUGAAUGCUGUGACUCAGUUUACUUUUGUUCAAAAUAGUUUGCACUUUUUUAAAUAAAAUCAACUUGAGAAAAUA